UUACAGACAGACUUCGGAGGCCUCCGCCGCCGAAGAGAGAAGAAGAGAAGAAGCUUGGAGGUAAUGGCUGUCGUAAAAGCUAGUUAUUUUCCGAGAUUUCCGGAGACUGGGCAGUAAAGCUUAGGUUAAUAUCAGAGAUGCGCUUGAGCUGGGGAGUCUGCAUGUGAUGCCAGUUGAGGCCCAGAAAGGCAGCGCGACCACCACCAAAGUGCCAAGCAGGGGGAGGGCUCUGCUGGACAAGCAGUCGGAGUGAGACUAUAAACAACCGGAUCAUAACCUCCACAAUCCACGAGACAUUGGUUGUUGCGCAUCGAAAACACUUUACGCAGAAGGAUAAGAAGAGGCCACAGCAGACUAAAGGUACAUGACAUCAUCCUUGGUUGGACUCAAGAGACAGAGUUCCAGGCCCACGGGACGGUGAGUACUAGUGGAGAGAAAGCACGUCUUUCUGUUUGGGACUCAGAUAAGACUUUUGCUUGGAUUUUGAUUUGCCCUCUUCCCAGCUUUAUGACCUUGCCCAGGAGCAGGAGUGCCCAUUUCCUCAGUCUCUUGCCACCUGUCCCCUGUAUCAUUUUUUUGGCUUCAUUAUAAGUCACAUUAGGUAGAAAAAGGAAACCUCAUUGCUGUUUGUUUGCAUCUCUUUAUUAGAAAAGGUGAGUGUCUUUUUCUGGAUUGUUUAGUUUUAAAUUUUAUUUUGAAUGUUUGAAGGAAUAGCACGUCCCUUUCUCCCCUAAACAAAUUGAACCAAUUGAUUAAAAAAAAAAAUGAAGCUGCAGAUGGAAGCCUAAGUGUUGGCUUUCGUAUAAGGUGAAGGUAGGUGGCAGGGCACUGAUAUUGUGAGAGUCAGGCAGGCCUUAAAACACCAAAUUUAAACAAUUUUACCAAACAGCUUGGAGGUUUGCAACAGUUCAAGGACAGAGAUACCUGUGGGUGCACUGCAUGUGCUUGCUCACAGGGAAGUAAAUAUUGGGAGUGGGUAAGGAUUUUUCCCUCAGAAUAUCGUAAAUUGUCUAUGUCCCUUGCUCAUGUAUUGUACUUCCCUGUUCUUUUCUUAUUAAUCUGUAAAAAGCUACUUUAGAGUAGAGCUAUUUUUUGAAACAAAACCAGUUUGUCAGGUUUCUUCUUCUGUUGUCCACUUGGCUUUCUAGUGUUUUUACCAGAAAUAUUUUUUUUCCAUUUUACUAUAUUCAGAUACCUAUCGCUCAAUGAAGAUUUUGCUUGAUGUCUUCUGUUUAAAAAAUGACUUCACUUGAAAAAAAAUGGAAACUUUCUGAAGGAUGAGUGAGACACACUGAGUAAAAGAGACAUAUCAUGCCCCAGGGUCAGGAGAAUGCAAAUUGUAAAGAUUUAAUUCUCCAUAAAAUAAUGUAUGAAUUCAUUGCCGUCACAAACAAGGACUUAGCGGGUCUUUUUAGUGGACCUUGACCAGCUGGGUCUUAAAAUCUUUUGUAGAAAUUUUACCAGAAAAGGCAAGAAAAAUAUGGUAAGAGAUAUUUUGAACUGGGUCUUUAUUAUAUGAUAAGGGUAUUUGCCAUUUCUUUUCAAGAAUCACCUCCCCCUGUGGUGUGAAUGGAAAUUAAAGAGCCGCAUGUUGCCAUUUCUCUUUUAAGUCUUUUAAAAAUGAACGUUUUUCCCCUUUAAGUGAAUUUCAGUUAACUUGGCGAUUCUCCUCCCUCUAAUUGAGGGAAAGGCCCCCUGCUUUCCCCAUCACAGGGAGGGGGCGGAGCAUCCUCUGAGAAGCUUGGAACUGAGCUCUGCUUGGCCACUCUCGGGGGAGGGGCUGCAUUUCAUGAGGCUGCAGCUGACAAGAAGCUUCAAGUGGAAAUUUUCCUGGACCUGAUCAAGCGCGUAGCCUGGUUGCUGUGUUGGCUACAGCCUUGCAUGUGUCCUCCUUGCAACUCACUCUUUCAGACCACAGCUUAGGUUAAUAUCAGAGAUGCGCUUGAGCUGGGGAGUCUGCAUGUGAUGCCAGUUGAGGCCCAGAAAGGCAGCGCGACCACCACCAAAGUGCCAAGCAGGGGGAGGGCUCUGCUGGACAAGCAGUCGGAGUGAGACUAUAAACAACCGGAUCAUAACCUCCACAAUCCACGAGACAUUGGGGGAGGGCGGUCUGUCUUCAUCACAGGGAGGGGGCGGAGCAUCCUCUGAGAAGCUUGGGAGUGAGCUGUGCCAGACCAGUCUUGGGGGAGGAGCUGCAUUUCACCAGGCUGCAGCUGACAGGAAGCUUCAAGUAUCUUUCACAGUGUCCCAUUCAAACAACGUGUUCUGGCACCCUUGGGAAAUUCAGCUGAAGGAGAACAGGCCACACGAGUCGUGAAGCCUCUGUAGUUCUUUGUAGUUCUACAAGAGACGUUGGUAAAAAAGUAUUGUCUGGGGUAGGGGUAGGAACUGCCUCAGUAGUGACAGGAAUAGCUGGACACCUCAAUCUCUGAUAAUACCCUCUUGGCACACAAAUCUAAAGCGCAAUGGAAGCCGAGUACGUCCUAUGCAACUGGCAAGAUCAGUUGUGGCCAGCAAAAGUUUUGUCCAGAUCUGAGGCCUCAUCAAACAGUAAGAGAAAAAAGACAUUUUCCCUCGAAGUUCAAAUACUCUUACUAGAUGAAAAAAUUAAAGUGGAAAGCACAGAAACAAAGAUCCUAAAUAAAUCUCAAGUUGAAGCUAUUGCCUCCUCACUAGCAGCAGAGUCAGAGGCCAGUGACCCACCUAGAGAGGAAACAGCCUAUGGAAGGGCACUAAAAGCAGCACUGGAUAUUCUGAAUGAGAGAACAAAUCUGAUUCAAGCUAGCAGUUCAGAUGAAGAAGAGAACCCUACACUGUCUCAAAAUGCACUACAAAAGCUUUCAGGUUCGCCCCCUCGUAAAAAGUAUCGGAAGCACGAAGGAGACUUACCAAAGUGUCUUGAAGAAAAUGAAAAUCCACCAUCCCUGUUAGUAUCGUCAGAGAGUGAUGAUUCCCUGGGUGAUGAUAAAUCAGAGGUGCGUGCAAUCAUUGAUGCUAUUCCAAGUGAAAUGGAAACCAAGUCGUCACAAGACUUCAGCUGGUGCCAGACUUUCCCAUCACUUUCAGAAGAUGAAGAGGAAAAGGAAAGCAAGAAAAAGAUUGACAUCUCUGGAGUCAUGCCAUUGCAUUCUACCAUCAAAGAGGAGGAUGUAUGUGUUAAGGAAGAAAAGUUCAGUCCACCUUUGCCAUUGGAUUACUUCACUGUGCCCAAAGCUUUGAAAGAAGAGGCAGAGGACAUCUGCCCAGAAGCCCCAGCUAUUUCCUCUGAAUGCUCUACCUUCACAGAGAAUAUUGAAGAUCCUGGAGAGGGUCCCUCGAAUCCAUGCUCAGGUACCAGCCAGAAUCAACCUACCGUGGAAUCAGAGACGGGUGCUUGCGCUCGACCUUCUUCAUGGGAAUGUCAGGUUUCACUGAGUGCCUCCAGCCAUGCCAUGGAUGAUUCACUCCUUCUUGGGAAUAAUGAAAGAAAUCUUCAGAGACUGGAUUUUGAGGAUCUUGGGGAAGAACUUCAAGCUUCUGACAAGUCAGUGCAUGUAAGUUCCAUUGAUGCUUCCAUAUUAGAUGACAACGAGGAAGAUGAAGAACUUCCACGUUUCCUUUUUCAUUAUGAGCCACGUUCGUUUGAAACAGGAAUGAUCGUCUGGUUUAAAUAUCAAAAAUAUCCAUUUUGGCCAGCAGUGGUAAAAAGCAUCAGGCGCAAAGAGAGAAAGGCAAGUGUGCUUUUUGUUGAGGCAAAUAUGAAUCCUGAAAAGAGAGGCAUUAGAGUGCCUUUUAGAAGAUUAAAGAAAUUUGAUUGCAAAGAGAAACAAGCACUAGUGGAUCAGGCCAGGGAGGAAUACAGUGAAAGUAUUGACUGGUGCAUCUCGCUGAUUUGUGACUACAGAGUUAGAAUAGGUUGUGGUUCUUUUGCAGGCUCUUUCCUUGAGUAUUAUGCUGCUGACAUCAGUUAUCCACUUAGAAAAGUAAUCAAGCAGGAUACCUUCAGGAACUUAUUUCCAAAGUUGCAAAAUGAAAAUCCUACGGAAUCAAUGGUUGUGACUUCCCAAACCAAGAAAAUGUCCUUCCAGAAAAUUCUUCCAGAUCGAAUGAAGUCUGCUCGGGACCGAGCCAACAAGAACCUGGUGGACUUCAUUGUGAAUGCAAAGGGAACAGAGAGCCAUCUUUUAGCCAUUUUAAAAGGCACAAAAGGGUCCAGGUGGCUUAAAUCAUUUUUGAAUGCAAAUAGGUUCACGCCCUGUAUUGAAACAUACUUUGAGGAUGAAGAUCAGUUGGAUGAGGUGGUGAAAUAUUUACAAGAAAUCUAUAAACAAAUAGAUGAAAAAAUGCUGACUCUGAUCAGAGAUGAUAAAAUUAAAUUUAUCCUCGAAGUUCUUCUGCCAGAAGCAAUCAUUUGUUCAAUUUCUGCUGUUGAUGGGUUAGAUUACAAGGCAGCGGAAGCAAAGUAUCUAAAAGGGCCAUCUCUAGGAUACAGAGAAAGAGAAUUAUUUGAUGCAAAAAUCAUAUUCGAAAAGAGACGGAAACCAUUAACAAAUGAGGCUCGUUAAAUCUUCUAAGAGUCCAAACCAUAACAGGGAGCUUCCAUAGAUACUGAUUUAAGAAAAAAAAAUCUCUUGAGUGAUUCUCUCUAAUAAAUAUUUUCCAGAAAUGGGAGACAUUUGGUGAUGUGUUCACUGGUGUUUUGUUUUGUUUUGUUUUGUUUUGUUUUGUUUUUUGCGAUCUCAAGGAUCUGUGAGAAUUGCUACAUCUUCACUUCCGUUUUCUUACGCUUCUUUGAAGUCAAUUUAUUAACAUAUUUCAGCAAUUCUACUUUCCCAUGCAUUUUUAGAAUGCAUAAUUCCUAAAUGUUUUAUAAGGGAAAGCACUAUUUUGUUUUUUGACAUUUUUGUGUCUAUGCUGUAUAGUUAAAUACAGUGUGCACAAUCAUUUUAAUAUUAAAGUUGCACUGGAUUAGAUACUAAGCAAGAUAAUUAGAAAAGAGUUCAGAGGCAUCAAUUAUAUAUUUUUGCUUAAUUUUUAUAAGAUAUUGGGUUUUCUCGUAAGAUAGCUGAAUUAUUUUUUCUGCCAUGCUAAUUUAUUUUUGGAAAAAAUAUCGCUGAGAUAUAGAACCAAAGAUAGAGAUGCUUUGCUAUAUAUUAUAACUAACUGCAAUUACUUUUGCAAGAAAAUAAUCUGGAAUUCAAAAAUAAAGUAAAUAUAUUAUCUGCAUGCGGCCUAUGUGUGUAUGAAGAACAUCUUAACAUGCAGAAAAUAAUUUUGGCAGCCUACACUUCCCUGAAAUUCCAUUUAUGGCAGUGUCUUUUACUCAAUAGCUGAAUGGUUUCUUAAAACAGGCGUUUGGCUGUCUUCAUAACUAACAGUGGCUGUAUCUUAAUAUAGCCUUCUGACCACAUGUAGAAGGCAGCUAGAAUCAUUGUAUUCAUGGUCUGGCUACUCUAGAUGUAUGAAUCCAAACUGACUGCUUAAGAGCCCAUCUAGCUUGAUAUAAACUGUAGAAAAUGCAAGCACUCUGUUCUGAGUAUUGUAUCUCCAAAUAUAUAGUCACUUGUUUCAAACUAAGCAAAUUUAUCAUUUGGCUUAUUCAUACAGUAGUUCCAGUUGCUUCUAAUAAUAUAAAUUCCAACUGGUAAAUCAUUCCAGACUACUGCAAAGAGUAGAUGGACCAGAAUCUGUGAAUUUGGAAAUGGGUCACAGAAAAAGUCUUUAUUUGGCUAGAUAUGACAAUUAUCCCAAUAUGUUUAAAACUACACAAUUGCAAGUUAAAGUCUGAAGCCAUUGAACUGUUUAUUCUACUUUGAAACAAGACUUGUUUACACUAUUGCAAGUUGAAGUCUGAAGCCAAUGGACUGUUUAUUCUAACUUGAAACAAAACUUUAAUGAGAAUAAAUAUGAGAGCUAUUUUAUUUUAAAAUCUCGAUGUUAAAAUAAAUGCUAAAGGCUUAACAUGAACCUGUCGAAUGAGACAACUGCCACUCUUGGGCUUUUGUUACGUGUUCAUAUGGCCAUGUGUUUAUGUAAAAUUUGCAGAAGUCCUAUGUUUUGAUUUUCAAUAAAACUAUUAUAUAUUACA